GUGAAAGUCUAGAUCGAUGCAUUGUCGUGAUUUGGAUUGCUAUUUUUCCACAAACUGAACUGAUCCAUUAGACUUAUCUUUAGGAGAGCGAGCCACUCUAAUUACUAGCUCAGUCUUCGCCUGCCCUUCUCUUGAGAAGUGCUUGCAAGAUGGAGAAAGUGUGCAAAAUGAAUGGCGAGCUCGAGAAUCUGGCCCAGCUUUUCAAAUGCUCAGUUUGUUCUCACGUGCUCACGAAACCGUCCCAGCUACAAUGCCGUCACGUCUUUUGCUCAGAUUGCGUAAAAACGAUUUUAAGAAGCGAAAAAGCUGACGCUAAAUGUCCAUUAUGUCGGAGCAAGUUAACGCGCCGGGCAGUAAGGAUGCGAGACGAUAUUGUACAACUGAGUCUGGCUGUGCAGUACUUUUCAGACACGCUUCGUGAAGAAAUUCGUGGAUUACGGGACACUGGCAUUAUUACUGAAUCCGCUAAAGUUAGUGUCGAGAAGGAGGAAGAAGCAGAAGAAAACGACGAGAACCAAGUUAUUCCUGCAACUCCUAAUCAAAAAAGUGCAGAUCCAAGUGAGUCAUGUUCCAAAUCUACAUUUGCUUCUCCACUCCCAUCGCAGUUCAAUUUAUCAAUGGCAUUGGAAUCACAAAAUAAUGAUGAGAACAUUGAGAACGCAUCCUCCAAGAAAAAAUACGUCAUUUGCCCAAGUCGACUUAGACGUCAUGAGCUGGCCAAGAUUGUUGAUCUUUCUGCUGUCUGUGAUGGAACAAGGAUGGAACAAGAGUACUCAGAGGACGCCACUCACCUUGUCGUUAAAUUGGAGAAUAACCAAGUCCCGUAUACAUUGAAGUACUUUUUCGCCAUUGCUGAUAAAAAGUGGGUUGUUCUCUUUGACUGGAUUUUGGAGUGUGCUCGACAGGGUCAAAUGGUUCCAGAGGAACCAUAUGAAUGUUUGCGUUUCAUCACUUCUCCAAUCGGUGGCCUAAAAGCUCGAGUUGACCACCCUGAUAAGGUGUUCGAUAAAGUCAACUUUUACUUUCCAAAUGAGUUGAAAAGCAGUGGCGCAACUCUGGAAGACUGCACAAAACUGGUGGGCAAAAUGGGAGGAACAAUUGUAGAUAGCCCAUGUGAUAUUAGUGUCGAGGAUGGAUUGAUCAUAAUCGGCGACGAAAUUCGAAGCAAACAUCUUUAUGAAGAGGUUUGCAGGUCUAAAGGAUGGUUGUAUGUUUCGUGGACGUGGAUCAUUGACUGUUUACUGGCUUACACUAUCGUCCCCUUUACGAAGAAACAUUUGCUUAGAGAACGGGUAGUUGAAAAUGGCACCCCACACUUGCCAGAAUUGUCGGUUCCUGCUCCAGACCCAUGAACUUGUUCUGAUACUUUAGACAAUCACAUAUUGAUUGAUUUAUUAUUACAGCUAUAAAUACAUACGAUUGACUUUUGCAGUUUA